AUGGUGUAUGUGGAGUUCAUUUCAGUCACUGAUGUUGCCGGAUGCAGUAGCAGGGGCGGUGAGGUCGAGUUGGCCAUCACAUCAGCCCCUAGCAUCGGCCCAUCGGAACCGACGGGCGACCAACCUGUGUAUGACACAGGAUAUUGGUCUGCGGCCGUUGACAUGAGUGAACAUGUGGAGGGAUUGCCGGAGGCGCUAGAUGAUGACGAUCACUCUUCCGCGUCUUCCGAGUCAAGCGAAGAAGAAGAUGUUGCUCCCCAGAGGGCGGUCGCGGCGUCACUGCAACCUGGGUUUUUACAGGAUAUGAGCAUCACAAAUGAAUUUCACUCUGUUUCUGGCCUAGAAGCGGGGAGCCUGGAGGUUGGGCAGGUUUUCCCAGACAAGAAGUCUGCUUACCAAGCAAUUAAUAGAUAUGCAAUCGCCCUCCACCGCCAGCAUAAAGUGAAGCAGUCUGAUAAAAAAGAGUUGAAGGUCAUAUGCAUCCACACCGCGGAAGGUUGUCGUGGAAGAGUUCUCGCUAGACUGAAGCCUGGGGUAUGUCAGUCAUGGCAUAUCACAAAAAUAGUGCAGCAUAGCUGUGAGCAAACUGGGACUCUUUCAAAUCACCGCAAUGUGACGGCAAGAUAUGUGGCACAGGUGAUGGAAACGAUUAUGCAGGGAAGUCUCAACAUUAGUGUUAGGGCUUUGCAAAAAGAUGCAGAAGAUCAGAUUGGCUUCCCUGUCAGCUACAGCAAGGCAAGGCGUGCGAAGCAAAAUAUAUUCCAGAACUUGUAUGGAACCUAUGAGGAGGCCUAUUCUUAUGCCCCUAGAAUGCUUCAUCAGAUAGCAAGUGCUAAUAGGGGGACUCAAGUUUGGCGGAGAGAACGUCAGAACCCAAAGAACCCGGGUGAGCUAAUCCUGGACCGCUUAUUCUGGGCAUUCGCCCAGACUAUACAAGCCUUCAGGCACUGUCGCCCAGUAUUAUCAGUUGAUGGUACCUUUCUCACUGAAAAGUACAAGGGCACACUAUUGGUGGCGAUUGCAGCAGAUGCAAAUAAUCAGCUUCUUCCUAUUGCAUACGCACUGGUCGAGAGCGAGAACAAAGAUAGCUGGUUGUGGUUCCUGAGCUGCGUGAAGAUGGGUGUCGUGAAAGAGCGUUUAGGUGUUUGCAUCAUCUCUGAUCGUAACACAGGAUUAUUAAGUGCUCUCGACAUAAUUAAGGAGUCGUCAGAAGAGUGGGGGUGGCCGGAUCUAGAGGGAAGGUGGUGCAUGCGGCAUUUGGCAGCAAACUUUUACUCCAAAUUCAAGAAUAAGGAUUGGUUCAAGUUAUUCAAGAGGAUGUGCAUGCAGAAAACUCAAGCCAAAAUGAAUGCCAUCUGGGCAGGUAUCAAUCGUGAGAUCGAGCGCGCGGCCUUGCCGCAGAGAGAAGACCGGAGGGGUCGAAGGACGGCCAUAAAUUUGAGCCAGUGGAUCGGCGAGAAUUGCCCUGAUUUGUACAAGUGGGCGCAGGCUCACGACACCGGGACUCGGUAUGGAAUAAUGACCAGCAACAUGUCAGAGGUGUACAAUGGUGUUCUUAAAGGGGUGAGAGCCCUGCCUAUCACAACCCUAAUUGAAGAAACUUGGAACCGGACCCUGUCAUACUUUGCAGACAGGGUUACCGUGGCUAAAGCACAAGUUGAAUUGAACAAGCCAUGGUCCGAGAAGAUGCAAAGACAUCUGGACGAGAAAGCAAAGAAGUCCCAAAGCCAUGGCUGCAGGAAAGUGGACGCACUUAGGAAUAAGUGGGAGGGAAAUGUGCGAGCCAAGUACGUUAAGGGUCACCACUGA